GCCGGUGAAAGCAGGUUGCCCUAUAAAAGUAGAGAGCAAUCUUUUUCUCACUAACUGAGGUAUAGAGAGAAAAAGAGCAUCGCUGAGACGUAACAGACAUAACAACGUGGUUGGAAUUUGAUUUCGUAUCCGCAUAUUUGUACUUUUGAAAAAUAUUAAAUAUGCGUAGAAAUACGCCUAAUAUUCUAGUAGCAGGCACACCUGGUGUCGGUAAGAGUCUAAUGUCGCGCAUAUUGUCGGAGAAAACUGGAUUAGAAUGGCUCGAUGUUAGUAAAAUAGCUAUCGAAAAUGAAUGUGUAGUAGAAUACGACGAUGUGUACCAAACCGAUUUGGUAGAUGAGGAAAUGCUACUAGAGGGGGUGCUGGACAGUCUUAUGGAUGAAGGAGGAAAGAUUGUAGAUUUUCACAGUGCCGAUUUCUUCCCUAAGAUAUGGUUUGACAUUGUAUUUGUACUCAGGACAGACAAUAUUAUCUUGUAUGAUCGCCUCAAGGAAAGAGGAUACUGUGGAGAGAAACUAGAAUAUAACAUAACUUGCGAAAUUUCUGAAACUAUUCUUGAAGAGGCAAGAUCAUACUACAGAACAGAAAUAGUAUAUGAACUAAUUAGCAAUACUUUAGAUCAGGUGACAGACAAUGUAAAUAUAAUAUGUCAGUGGCUGGAGCAAUGGAAAAUAGACAAUCAGCAUAUGGAAAUAGACAAUCAGUAAACUUGAAAAUAUAUAUAAUUAAUUUCCCCUCAAUCUGACACACUCUUGUUUUAUUUACAUUUUUUAAAUUAGACUAAUGCAUUAUUUACACUUUAACUUGUUACAAUUAUAAAAAUUUGUGCAUAAGUUACAUAUAUAAAAACAUGGUUUUUUGAUAUGUAAUGCAUUAAAGAACAAUGAUUUAAAAAUAUAUGUGGCGAUCGUGGCGCAAAGAGAUGUGUGUUUACUUUCUUCUAUGCCAAAGAUCUCAAGUUCAAAUCCAGCCCGAGCUUAAAAAUAUCGUAGGAUUUCACGGUCGCCACCUCUCGGCAGGCAAUGACAAAAACCUGCUGAGAGUAUCUUGUCUGCAACGGAUGGAUGAAUUAAUUCACUAUCUAACGCAGCCGGUCCCAAGCCCGGGUUAAAAAAAGAAGGGUUCGGGGACAAGGCCAGUAACCUACCCCCGAUAAAAAGCAUUUGACGCUCACAGAACCGAUAAUUGUGCCUCGCGAGGCGAAAUGAUCGGAAAAAACAGGCUCUAAGCCUAUUUCAAGAGGAAGAAGAAGAAGAAGAAGAUUUAAAAAUAGAAGUUUUGUUGCAAAAGUUGUAAUAUAUUUAUUCUACUAUACUUAGAUCAUGCUUUAGCCUUUUUAAUCUAUUAUCUAUAGUAUCAUAAUAUUUCAUUUUUAUCAAGAUCUUUGUUGCUGUUUCAAUAUCUUCUUUAUUGAACGCUACCAAAAAGGUGUGGCGUAGUAUUGUCACUGACGAAGAGUGUGGCAACAAAUACUAUUACUGCCGAAAGCGUGGCAACAAACAAUUGUCGCUGACGAAGAGUGUGGCAACAGUUGUAAUUGUCGUUGCCGAAAAAGUGUGGCGUAGUAUUGUCGCUGACGAAGAGUGUGGCAACAAAUACUAUCGCUGCCGAAAAAGUGUGGCAACAAACAAUUGUCGCUGACGAGGAGUGUGGCAACAGUUGUAAUCGUCGCUGCCGGAAAACGCGGCAACGAACUCUGUUGAAUUUCUGACAUAUUCUUUGUAUAGAUGCCCCAAAAAGGGUGGACGUCGAGUUCAAAUUAAUUAAUUAAAAGGAUUAAAUUCCA